AAUACUUGAGGAGCGAGACCGCCUUUCUGGAAGAGUUGGUGUUUGGAAGUGGAGAUACCAUUGAACUUUCCUGUAACACCCAAGGCUCUUCUGUGUCUGUUUUCUGGUUUAAAGAUGGUAUCGGGAUUGCACCUACCAACAGAACUCAUAUUGGACAAAAACUUUUGAAGAUAAUCAAUGUGUCCUAUGAUGACUCAGGGCUGUACAGUUGCAAGCCACGGCAUUCCAACGAGGUCCUGGGGAACUUUACGGUCAGAGUUACAGACUCCCCUUCGUCGGGUGAUGAUGAAGAUGACGAUGAUGAGUCAGAAGAUACAGGUGUCCCCUUCUGGACCCGGCCAGAUAAGAUGGAGAAGAAGCUGCUGGCAGUUCCCGCCGCCAACACCGUUCGCUUCCGAUGUCCGGCGGGUGGAAACCCAACACCUUCCAUCUACUGGCUGAAGAACGGCAAGGAGUUCAAGGGAGAGCAUAGGAUUGGGGGCAUCAAGUUGCGACACCAGCAGUGGAGCUUGGUGAUGGAGAGUGUUGUGCCAUCAGAUCGAGGAAAUUACACCUGUGUUGUGGAGAACAAAUACGGCAACAUUAGGCACACGUACCAGCUUGAUGUAUUAGAAAGGUCGCCCCACCGACCAAUCCUACAAGCAGGGCUCCCUGCCAACCAGACUGUGGUGGUAGGGAGCAACGUGGAGUUUCACUGCAAGGUCUACAGCGAUGCCCAGCCUCACAUCCAGUGGCUGAAACACGUGGAAGUCAACGGCAGCAAAUACGGACCCGAUGGGACGCCCUAUGUCACGGUGCUGAAGUCUUGGAUCAGUAAAAACGCUGAAGCCGAUGCUAACCUAAAUCUGUUCAAUGUGACAGAACAAGAUGAAGGAGAAUAUCUGUGUAGAGCCAACAAUUUCGUAGGCAUAGCCGAAAAACCAUUUUGGCUCCACAUUCGCAAACCAAAACCAGCGGAGGAGCUCAUGGAAAUGGAUGAUUCAGGCUCAGUGUACGCCGGCAUUCUCAGUUACGGCACUGGCUUUGUUCUCUUCAUCCUCGUGCUGGUCAUUGUGAUUAUCUGCAGGAUGAAAAUGCCAAACAAAAAAGCCAUGAACACCCCCACUGUACAGAAAGUCUCCAAAUUUCCACUCAAGAGACAGGUGUCGUUGGAGUCCAACUCUUCCAUGAAUUCCAACACGCCCCUGGUCCGGAUCACACGUCUCUCUUCCAGCGAUGGGCCGAUGCUGGCCAAUGUCUCUGAGCUGGAACUGCCUCCUGAUCCCAAGUGGGAAUUGGCACGCUCUCGCCUGACCUUGGGGAAGCCGCUCGGUGAGGGGUGUUUUGGCCAAGUGGUGAUGGCAGAAGCGAUUGGGAUUGAUAAGGACAAGCCAAACAAGGCCAUCACGGUUGCUGUCAAGAUGUUAAAAGAUGAUGCCACAGACAAGGACCUUUCCGAUCUGGUCUCUGAGAUGGAAAUGAUGAAAAUGAUUGGGAAGCACAAAAACAUUAUUAACCUCCUCGGUGCCUGCACGCAGGACGGACCGCUCUACGUGUUGGUGGAAUACGCGUCGAAGGGGAACUUGCGGGAAUACCUCAGGGCACGUCGCCCACCUGGCAUGGACUAUUCCUUCGACACCUGCAAGCUGCCUGAGGAGCAGUUGACAUUUAAAGACCUGGUUUCCUGCGCCUACCAGGUGGCCCGUGGAAUGGAGUACUUGGCAUCUCAGAAAUGCAUUCAUCGCGACUUGGCAGCCAGGAACGUGUUAGUCACUGAAGACAAUGUGAUGAAAAUAGCUGAUUUUGGCCUCGCUAGAGACGUUCACAACAUCGACUAUUACAAGAAAACCACCAACGGUCGGCUGCCUGUGAAAUGGAUGGCUCCAGAAGCCUUGUUUGACCGGGUCUAUACUCACCAGAGCGAUGUCUGGUCUUUUGGAGUGCUACUAUGGGAGAUCUUCACUUUGGGAGGGUCUCCGUACCCGGGAAUUCCCGUUGAGGAACUCUUCAAACUCUUGAAGGAAGGCCACCGGAUGGACAAACCCGCGAACUGCACCCACGACCUGUACAUGAUCAUGCGGGAGUGCUGGCACGCCGUCCCCUCGCAGCGGCCCACCUUCAAGCAGCUGGUGGAAGACCUGGACAGGGUCCUCACCGUGACGUCCACCGAUGAGUACCUGGACCUCUCAGUGCCCUUCGAGCAGUACUCACCGGCCGGCCAGGACACCCACAGCACCUGCUCCUCGGGGGACGACUCGGUCUUUGCACAUGACCUGCUGCCCGACGAGCCCUGCCUGCCCAAGCACCCCCCUUGCAACGGCGUCAUCCGGACGUGAGGACACCC